GGCGCAGUUACUGUAUCCGGAUCUACAGCAAAUAAUUCACCCGCUCCUGUGAUAGGUUUGUUCCGUGCAUGCACGUGACGAGCGCGCGUUCUACGGCAAGAUGGCGGCGCCCUUAUGCCCAUGUGUGGGUAUGGAGUGAUACUGAACAGGUCUCCUUCCUCUGAUGCGCUCCUGGGCUGCCAUUGCUAGGCUCUUGCCUCUUUCUCAUCACACUUUUCCCUCCUCCAGAACAAGACUCCGAGCCUUGGGCAAAGCCUCUUGUUCAUACAGUAUGGAGAGCUCCGGAGAAACCAUUAUACAUGAGGGAAAAGCCAGCGUUAUCUUCCCCAGCGCCAACCAAGUCUUCUAUAAUCCAGUGCAGGAGUUCAACAGAGACCUGACAUGCGCCGUAAUCACAGAAUUUGCUCGUCUGCAUCUCCAGCAGAAAGGGAUUAACAUUGUGGUGCCUGGUGAGAGGGAGGAGCAGAAGCUGGUGGUGAACCUCUCGGAGACAGGAGAGGACAAAAUGAAUUCCAGUCCAGAGAAUAACUUCAUCCCCACCACUGCAGGUGUAGGGCUGCCCUGCCCUGAAGGGCUGCGUGUUUUAGAGGGUCUGGCUGCCUCUGGCUUGCGUUCCAUACGAUUUGCCCGGGAAGUGCCCGGCUUACACAGCGUUGUUGCCAAUGACUUUUCUGCCAGUGCCGUGGAGCUUAUCAAACGGAAUAUAGAGCACAACGAUGUUGGGAACCUGGUGACGGCCAGCUACAGCGAUGCCCGGAUGGUGAUGUACAACAGGACGGGUGCACGAGAUCGCUUUGAUGUCAUAGAUUUGGAUCCCUAUGGGAGCCCGUCCAUGUUCCUAGAUGCCGCUGUGCAGAGCGUGAGCGAGGGAGGAUUGCUGUGCAUCACAUGCACUGAUAUGGCAGUUUUGGCAGGAAACAGCGGCGAAACGUGUUACAGCAAAUAUGGUGCCAUGUCCAUUAAAUCAAAGUACUGCCAUGAGAUGGCUCUCCGCAUCCUCCUACACAGCCUGGACCUGCGCGCGAACUGUUACCAGCGAUACAUUGUUCCGCUGCUCUGCGUCUCUGUCGACUUUUAUAUUCGGGUUUUUGUCCGUGUGUUUACUGGGCAGGCUAAAGUGAAGAUGUGUGCCAGUAAGCAGGCUCUGGUGUACAACUGUGUGGGGUGUGGGACAUACCAUCUACAGCGCAUGGGGAAAGCCACCAGUCAUGGAAACAACAUGAAAUACUCACCUGCAACUGGCCCUCCUGUGACUUCAAACUGUGAAUUCUGCCAUCAAAGACACCAGCUCGGGGGACCAAUUUGGGCUGAAUCUCUACAUGAUAAAGAUUUUGUUAAGUGCAUUUUAUCUGCUUUAGAGCUAAAUCCAAAGAGAUUUAAUACUUCAGAGAGAAUUCAAGGAGUGCUAAGCAUGGCGACCGAGGAGCUGAGUGAUGUGCCGUUAUAUUAUACCCUGGACAAUCUGAGCAGCAUCAUUCGCUGUAACACCCCUUCGCUGCUGCAGUUCCGAUCUGCUCUGCUCCACGCAGGACACAGGGUCUCUCUGUCACACGCCUGCAAAAAUGCACUGAAAACCGAUGCACCACCCUCUGUUAUUUGGGACAUUAUGCGCUGUUGGGAGAAACAGAAUCCAAUAAAGAGAGAGAGGUUGUCUGAGACCUGCCCAGCAUUUCACAUCCUGAGUAAGGAGCCAAGCAUCGAGGCCAACUUUGAUAUUCGGGAGGACGCCAACCCCAAAUCUCGUAAACAGGGUUUAAAAAGGUUCCAGGAAAACCCAGAGGCAAACUGGGGCCCUAAAGCAAGAGCCAAAGCCGGGGGUGGGAUUUCUACGGCCCUGUCGGACAAGCGAAAGCAGCACCAGAACAAGAGGAAGAACAUUUCCAGCGCAGACGAGAGCCACCUUAAAAGCUUUCCCUGCAAGAAGUUCAAGGAGGGUUCCUGUGAGUUAGGAGACAACUGCCGGUACUCUCACAACCCACCAGAUGAAACACAGGAAGAAUCCCUCACAACCAAGGAUGGAGCCCCUUCCUAAUCCUUCCCCUGCGGUGGAGAAAUGUGGACGUGUUAUGAGUUCUGUUAGCGAGCAAGUCACUAGGAGCCGCAGGCCUCGUCCCUAUAAAAGAGGAAAGACAAGACUUAGCAGAUACCAGGAAGAUUGUUUAUUGCUAAGGAGAUUUAUUUUAUUCAAAAUCCCAGGAGACGACGCACUCCAUGGUUAUGUUGGGUGCUGGAGAAAUACAGGUGUAAAGAUACAAUGUCCCCUAUUUGAGUUUAUUUCCCCUUCAGCUGUACAGUAUGAAACUGCAUAUGUGCAUUUAUACAUAGGGAUGGGAGCUUCCAUAUUCUUUCCCUUAACAUGGGUGCUGUCAGUGGACAUCAGUACAGGGUUAAAUACAUGAGCAGAUAUUUUCCUCAGCUAUGUGGGUUGUUAAUAUGAACUGAGAGUCUGUCUCAGACAAGGCAUAUGUGUAAAGGAGCAGAGUGGGAUACUCCGUGCUGACAAUAAGCCUUGGCUUUGUGCUGAAUUUCAAGAAAGCAAAUGCUUGAUCACCCCUGCUUAGAAGUAAACCUUUAAAAUAAGUGUAAAA